AAUGAAAAAUCGUAUUUUUAAAUGACUUUGAUAUGUAUAUGUAUUUUAUUUUGGCUAUUUUACACUGGCCUUGAUGAUUGCUUAAAUACUUAUGUUUCAGUGGACAUUCUGUGAUUUAUUUUUGGCUACAUUAAUGCAUGGAUGAAAAGUUCUGGCACAUAACACCGAGAUAUAUAGUGUCAGAAAGACCCAAAAUCAUGACACAAAGCAGGUGUGUAAAAAUAAGAUCAAAGUUUACUUGAACCAAAAAAAACCAUUACCUUGCAAGAAGGCAAAGAUUCAGGCAGAGUUAAAAAGCAGGCAGAGAAAAAACAGAUUAAUACUGGAAGACAGCCUAGGGGGGGGGGGGAAAUCAGCCGUGAACAUGUGUCGCAAUGACUACGGGGACCAGUUGGUUAAGUUGAUGCAGGUGAGCAAAGAAGCUAGAAGGAAAGCAGGGCAGGUGGGAAUGGUGGGUUUGGAACAACAGGAGGGAAGUGAAUGGGAACAUAAAAAAACAAACUGCAUGAAGACCAAUAUACACCCAAAAAUCAUCUAAUAUAUUUAAAAUAUGCAUGUUACAACUAUACUUUUUUCUGCUUUUAUUACUAAUUGUACCUUCUUUAAGAAGAGAUAAAGGAGACCAUAUAGCAAGACAACACACAAAUGAUGGGAGAGAAGGCAAAUUUGAAUAUAGUAGUUGUAUAUAAACACCUGGUAAGUGAAAAUAGGUUAGUGGAGAAGUCCAGUGCAUCAUGGGAAGUCCCCCAGCAACCUGAGCCUAUUGCAGAUCUAGCUCACACUAUAAGCUUUAUCUAGAAGUAAAGUUUAAAGUCAAAUCCUCAAUGGAGACAGGUCGUCUGUCUCCCGAAUCCAAACUGGAGGCUGGUUCCACAGGGGUCUGACAGCGGAAAGCUUUCCCUCCCAUUAUACUUACUACUGGGAACCACAGGUAAGCCAGCAGUCUGAGAGUGAGGUGCACUGUUUGGAUAAUAUGGUACUGUGAGGUCUCUGACAUAUGAUGAGGCCUGAUUAUUCAAGACCUUGUAUGUGAGGAGAAGAAUUCUGGGUCUAGCUGUAGCCAGUGAAGAGAAGAUAAUAUGCUAGAAACAUGAUCUCUCUUGUCCCAGGCAGUACUCUCACUGCCAUGUUUUAGUUCAACUUAAGGCUUUAUAGGGAAUUUUUAGAACUGUCACAUAAUAAAGAAUCAAAAUAGUCCAAUCUACAAGUAAUAAAUGCACAAACUAGUUUUUAACACCACUCUGAGACAGGAUUUUUCAAAUUUUGGCAACUUUGGGAAUCAAUCAGUUAUUCAAGUGAAACGCCAUACCUCAUUUAUAUUUAGGCGAUCUCCCGCGCAAGGUCAUCUUCUCAGAAAUGUCCAGACAGCAUCUGGUUUUAUCAUGCUCCAUAAUUUCACCACAGCCCUCAAACUUGCACAGAGAGCAAGAACAUCAACUUCUGUUUCAAAUGGACCUGAAUUUUGUGUUAAAGUUCAUUUCUUCGUAUGCAAACAGACACUUUUCAAGCCUGAGGAAAGAAACCAGUUUGUUUACAAUUUUUUUUUUGCCAACACUCGUCAAAUUACACAGUCACAGUCACCACACUGAACACAGUGGAGAAACUGAGUGUUUUUUCCCGAAGUAUAAAAAGCUAUAAUUUGAAACUUACAUUCAACAAACAAUUUUUUAAUGUUUAUGCAUUAGUGCCACCAUGCUUUAAAAAAUAUCACAGUUUCAUACCUACCUCCAACAAUCCAACUGUUAUAUUUCUUACACAUUCUCCAAAAUUUAAGGAUGACUAGUUGAGGGUAAACACUUAUUGCACAAUAUUUUCACUAUAAUGAGCACCAAGCCCAUAAGAUGACUCAGAUUUAAAGUCAUUAAAAACUAUAAAGUGUUAAUGAUUCAGAAGCCAGUUUUCCUGAAUGUUGACAGUAUGAAACAUCCUGUCUUGUGUAACAAGGCUAGAGAUCCACAUUUUCACCUGAAAGACUGGGAAACACACUCUGCAGAAGUGUCACCUUUCAUUGUUCUCACUUGCGAUGGUAUCAGGUGUACUUUGAACAGGCUUGUGUCUGGCUAAAACUACCCUUGCGCAGGAUGGGUGGGGUAAUGUGGUGUGUGUUUAAACAGACAAGGUAAGGUCCCCCGUCACAAUACGUGCUCAGGCAAAGAUCGGGCUUGAAUGGAAUCCUUUACCUGUAGCUCUGGGGAAACUGUACACUGAAAGGUCUACACCGAGAUUUCAGUGCCCGUCGAAACCACAAUGGAGACAACUAAUGAUACCACAAAAAUCCUGGGGAAAGGUCCUGAAUACCUUCGUAAACAAAUGGAUUUGGAGAGUGAGACAAAAGGACGCAUGAGUGCUGUGGAGAGGCUCGCCGCAAGUAAACCAAAAUACGUCAAAAGCCAACAGGUGGUUAACUCAACUCAGGAGCCAGUGAUUAGCCUUGGAUCGGCCUCUGUGAGUAGCACUGGGUCCUCUAACCGAAGCUCACACCGGGAUGGGAAUCUUCCUACAGGGAAUGACUCGACAGGGAAUACACUCACUGUGCACAUCUCUUCACCAGUGCAGGCACAUCGCUCCAGCGCCAAAAAACGACCAGACUCUCUUCUAAUUUACAGACAGAAAUGUGAGUUAUUGAGAGGGCCAGCAAAUGAACGGAAACACCAUAUAACCCGUAAGUUGUUGCUCAACCCUGUGAAUAAAAAUGCCCCAUUACCCGAGGGGACAGAUAAGGAAUGUGAGUCUCAGGACAACGUGGAAAAAAUCACCACGCCUAAGGAAACAGCAAAGGAAUGCUAUCCACAUGUAGUUAUCUCUAAACCGGAGAGCAAUGGAGUGACAGAAGAGUGCAGAAUCAAGAACAGUGACUCUGGUACAAAACCUAAGGCUGGAGUUGUAAAUGCAUCUAGUGGUCUGACAGUUCCUGAGGUUGAAAGGAGGUCUGGCAAAGGAGUCAGUCGUUCUCACUCUGAUAUCAGCUCCAGGUACUCCAAAAACUUUGCAGACUUUGAUGCUUUUUUCAAGUACUGCGGGCUGGACGGUGAGGUCAUUGAGUCUUUGGGGAAGGAGAACUUCUCGGCUCGCUCAGAUGAAAUUGCAAUAAUGGUUCGGAGUGUCAGUGUUUCCACGUCAGAUGAUGGCUUCUCCAGGAACAGUAGUGACAGCGAUGGGCUCAUGGAGGAAAAGCUGCACGAGAAGAUACGUCAAGAGACCUCAGUUAUUGAGCGCAACGCGCGGAUUAUCAAAUGGCUGUACAGCUGUAAAAAUGCUAGUGACACUGGAAAAAAGUUACGAGAUCUUCACUGAUUGCGCUUUUUGUUUUUACCAAGUGAUGUUACAUAAAAGUUAUAUUUUGAGUACAAAGAUGGAAGUAGUUUCUUGUUUUUGGCCUUAAAAACAUUGAAUGAUAGCCUACUUGUCCAACUGUACCAAAAUCUUAGGUUAUGUAUUGUGUAUACUGCAUGUGUGUGUGUCCUUUACUGAUGACUUUUCUGAGAGCAAAUGAUGACUGAGUGAUUUCUUUUCUUUUUCUUUUUUUUCUUUUUUUUUGACUUGCACAGGACCAUCUAUGAUCUCAGUUACACUGGAAACAGAUGAAAUACAAUGUCAUAAAAGCUAUACAAAAACUAAAAGUAUUUACAUUAUUCAGCUUCAACAUUUUUAUGAUUACUGGCUUAUCUAUCUAUGUAAUAUCUAUCUAUAUAAUACUUUUGCUUUCUAUUCAGACUCUAUAGAAAACAUUUCUGUAUUAAAUAUGGUCAAAUGUGCAUACAAGAAGGCAAGCAGUGAUUCAAAAGAAUUCAGUGAAGUGCUGUGACUAGUAUGAACCAGUUUGGGAUUGUUUUCUUUUUCUAUAAAAAUAAAAUACUUUUAAGUUCAGUGAUUUUGGUUGUGAGCCUUUUUAAAGUAAAUGGGCCACAGUCAUAUAUAAUUACAUUGUUUAUAAAUCUAUACUGUAUUUUUAUGCAACUAUGAUUUAAAGCUUUUGAAAAUGUACAAAAUUUGUCAACAUGACAUACUUCCUGCUAAUGAUAAAUCAACGUCUAACAAUGCUGCAGCAAUUCUAGCUGUAGCUUUUUGAUGAGUUGUCAUCAAUGUUACAUAAUUCAUCUACAAAACAUUAGUGUGUUUAUUUAUUAUUCAUUAAAAUGCAAUUAUUUUAUACGAUCACUUAUAAAAUGUACUAUUUGUAAAGAGUGGUACUAUUAUUUUAAGAUAAAAGGCUUACAGCUCAUGGCCUUUUGAUUCUUCUCAGGAACAUUAAAAGGAGUCUCACACUGAU